AAUACUCUUUUCUUUCUUCUUCUUUACAACUUUUCAAGCUUUUGUUCAACUUCUGCCGGAGAGAGAGAGAGAAAUUUCCCUACACUUAUUUUAUCUGCUUCUUCAAGUGAUGGAUUUUUACUCAGUUGUCAUGGCUGAUGUGUUUUCUAUUUCUCUACUGUGUCUUUGGACGACAAUUGAAGCGGACCUCAUUGUUAAAACAACGUUCCUCGAUAGUGCCGUAGCUAAAGGCGCAGUAUGCUUGGAUGGAGGUGCUCCUGCAUUCCACUUUCAUCCAGGAACUGACUCUGGAGUUUAUAACUGGCUCAUUCACCUUCAGGGUGGAGGGUGGUGUGAAACCACUUCCGAUUGCCAAAAUCGCGCGGCUACGGACUUAUCUUCAAAAAAUAUGCCAACUGAAGCUCAUUUUACUGGAGUUCUAAGCAGUGAUCCUCAACUAAAUCCAGACUUCUACAACUCGAACCUAGUCAAGAUUAGAUAUUGUGACGGAGGUCAUAUACUGGUGAUAUUGAAGAAGUUGACCCCGUUACAAACCUCCACUACAGAGGGGCAAGAAUUUUUUACGCAAUCAUGGAGGAAUUGUUAUACGGUAAAGGAAUGAUAUUUCCUCAAAAUGCCAUUCUUAGUAGGGUUGGGUGCAAUCCUACAUUGUGACAAAUUCAGACUUUUUUUCCCAUUAACUGCUAGAGUUAAAUGCAUCUCUGAUGUUGGCUUUUUUGUCAAUGUGUAAGUUUACGCUAUUACUUUCCCUUCAAAUUCUAAACGAUAUUGUGCCUUUUGAUUCUUUAAAAUUAGAUAAACAACAGUUUGAUUCCCAAGGAGGCCGAUCCUUAUAAUAAGUGGAUAAAUUGCAAGACAAAUAUAAAUUAUUGCUCACCUGCUCAACUUCAAACUCUCCAAGGUGUAUAUAUAUAUAUAUAUUAGCCAGUUUAUUUUCUUUUAAUCCGAUCAUAUGAUAAUUCCUCUCUCACACACUUGUGUUUGAGUUGUUGUUCAUCAGAUUUUAGGUUGAAAUUUUUGGAGGCAUUGAACGAACUAGGACCAAAUACAUCAAGAGGAUAUUUCAUUUCCUCUUGCCAUUCCCAUCUUGGCAUUGAAAUACUAAGUCACUGGUCCUCCAAUAACUCUCCAACUUUAGCUAACAAGACAAUUGCUGAAGCUGUUGGAGACUGGUUUUUUGAUAGGAGUGGGUUUCAAGGGGUUUAUUGCCCCUAUCCUUGUGGCAAAAAUUGCCAUUAGAGGUGCUCAUACAUGUAGUACUACGUACUAUUUUUGUAUUUUAAAUGUUUUAUUUUUCUUUUAACAAGGGAAAGGCUGCAUAAGACUUUAAGACGAACUCUCUUUUAUUUUUUUUAUGUCAAGGAACGAAAUCGAUGGAACUCUAACUUAUAUGAUUAGAAAAUAAGAUUUGAUUAGAACAAUUAGUUUAGUAAAAUAAUUCAGACUAAGGAGAUACAUUUGAUGGCCUAUAUUGUACUAGAAAACUUCAGAUAAUAUUUGGUAAAUUCAUUCAAUGUAAGUUUAAUUACUGCAUGCUUGCACUCGAUGAAUGUACCCAUAUAUCACUUUCAUAAUUGACAAUAAAACAUGCAUAACGUUUUUGAAACUCCUAAAAGAGUAAAUAAAUUUGAACCAAACGUUACAAUGUCAAAGACUAUUUACGAACCAUCUAUUAUUUGAAAAAAAGAAUAACAAGUAAACCUCUCUUGUGUCUCACACAAAUUUGAUAAAGCAUUACCAAUCAGAAUAAAACUAUUUUACAGACAUAGUUUGGCUAUCAAAAUUGCGUAAGCAAACUUAUUUUAAUUUAUUUGUCUUUCGAAAUUAUUUGUGUACUUCUUGCUAUAUGUAUUUGGGCAUUUAACACUUUAAAAGGAUGCGUUCUUGUUAUAAGGUGCCGUUUAGUUUUAGGAAAGAAGCUUAGCAAGAAUUUAUUGGCACUCACAUAAGUAUUAUUUUGCAGGAAAUAUAAAUCAAAUAAACAUGUAUCGUAAGCAAAUUAUGACAUUGUUGCAAAUUUGCAUUUUUGUCUUGGUUUAAUUUCCUGGGACAUUGGUAACUUGUAGAACUCGUGAAGAAAUAGAGUACCUUUGCUAUCUGGAUUGUGUGGAAGCCUAUACAAAAUUAAUAGUUGGGACCUAUUUAAGGAUCUUACUGGAGAACAAAUUAUUGAAAAGUGCAAAAGGGGUGAAAGAUAUUAGCCAUGUGAACUUGAUGGAGAAAUUGUUAUGUAGUCCAUAAUAAUUGUUAUUAUGUUAUAUGAUUCUUUUUAUAGGAGAUCAAUAAAAAAUAACACAAAAGAGCUAUAAA